UCCAUGGCCUCAUAAAGCCUAUCCCCAUGGCCAAAUAAGCUCUCUUUUUUUUUUUUGCCCUUUCAUUCUCCGCAGCGUUGUUACGAAAAUGAACUCCCUCUGCGACAUCGGCGUACACAUAAAAUUAAGAGCUAUCUCAGGAUCUUCACCAGGAAGCAAUCAACUCCUGCAUCGGUCGAGUCACCGCGUACAUAAGAAUAGCUUCCGAGAACCCCGGUCACUGCUGUUUUUUCCCGCGAGAAAAUAUGCAAAAACUCCCUUGGCAACCGAUAGUAAUAAAGCCGCCACAGAAUCAACUUCAGACUCUUCAAAUGUUGAAAAAGCCGACGACAACGGUAGCCAAUUUCAAUCAUAUGACACUCAGCUCGGUGUGAACGGCAACCUUCCUCAGCCGAAAGAGGUUGCGCUGAAGAAGCCUCCUUUGACAGCAAGGGAGAGGCUAAGGGCGGCGCGAGUCCUAAGUAAGUACACAGAGUCGGAGUCGUCCAAGCCCGAAUUCGGAAGUAAAGUUCUGGAUGCGAUUAGGGAAAGCGAUAAAGGAAAGAAGCGGUCCGGCCUCCCCGAGGCCCCCACGAACCUAUUUGAUGAUAGCAAACGGGGCUUACCGAAGCAGGGAUUGAGCUUCGAUUUUCUCCCCGUGGGGACCGAUGUACUCGUCAUUGCGUUCUCUUUCGUAUUCAUCAGCACGGUCAUGUUCGCGACGACCUACCUUGUUUGGAAGGUCGGCGCGAUACAUUUCAAUGAGUAUUAAAUGGUUGGAACUCUUCUGUUUGCGCCUCGAGGUUGUAGAUUGUCAGGAGAACACAGAGUGAAGAGGAAGCAACUUCCUUGGUAAUAUUUGCUCCUGCUAGAAUUCUCUGUACACAAUCUAUGUUUAUUUGAGAACUGGUAAUUAGAACUUUGGUUGGAUAUUAUGCUCUUCUCUUCUUUGUUUAGCUCAAAAAGUCGCGAUAUUAUUGCCUGUGAAA